GGCCCUCCCCGAGUGCGCAGGCGCAGCGCCAGCCCGUCCGGGAGCCGUCGGCGGUCGCGGCGCCGAACAUGGCCGAGCCGGCGUCCAAGUCCGUGCUGUUCGUGUGUCUGGGUAAUAUUUGUCGGUCACCCAUUGCAGAAGCAGUUUUCAGAAAACUUGCUACCGAUCAAAAUGUUUCAGAUAAAUGGAGAAUAGACAGUGCAGCGACCUCCACAUAUGAAAUAGGAAAUCCUCCUGACUAUCGGGGGCAGAAUUGCAUGAAGAAGCAUGACGUGCCCAUGAAUCACAUUGCCCGACAGGUACUGUACUUGAACUUGAAGAUUACCAAAGAAGAUUUUGCCACAUUCGACUACAUACUAUGUAUGGAUGAAAGCAAUCUGAGAGAUUUGAAUAGAAAAAGUAAUCAAGUUAAAAAUUGCAAAGCUAAAAUUGAGCUACUUGGAAGCUAUGACCCACAAAAGCAGACCAUCAUUGAAGACCCCUAUUAUGGCAAUGAGUCUGACUUUGAGACCGUCUACCAGCAGUGUCUGAGAUGCUGCCGAGCCUUCCUGGAGAAGGCUGGCUGACCUGCAGCGCAGAGACCAGCCCCGUGACCUCCACAUCUCCCAUCCACGUGCUCAAGACUAGCAGCAUCUGUCCCGUGAGCCACAGUGUGUCUGCAGUUCUCUCAUCUUAAUAAUUAUAGGCAGAAACCAGCUGAUGCAUUUGGAAGAAGAAUAAACAUGUUUGAUUCCA